UUUUGAGCGACGAGCACUUCCGUGAUCUUCUGGCCCCCUUGGCGUGGUCGUCCUGUUAAAACCAGCUUCUCGAGUCGCGUGCCCUGGCCUGGUCGCCUGUAGCGUCACGAUCUCGGUUUCAUGGCAGGCCUGACCCUGUUUGUGCGCCACCUCCCGCCCUCGGCCCGCAGUGAGCAGCUGGAAGAGCUGUUCAGUCAGGUGGGGCCGGUGAAGCAGUGCUUCGUGGUGACGGAGAAAGGGAGUAAAGCAUGUCGAGGUUUUGGCUAUGUCACUUUCUCCAUGCUGGAAGACGUUCAGAGAGCCCUCAAGGAGAUCACUACCUUUGAAGGUUGCAAGAUCAAUGUCACCGUUGCCAAGAAAAAAGUGAGGAACAAGUCCAAGGAAAAGAGGAAAAGUGAAAAUUCAGAAUCUCCAAAGAAGGAGCUGAAGACUAAGAAAGCCAAAGUGGCAGAUAAAAAAGCCAGAUUAAUUAUUCGGAACCUGAGCUUUAAGUGUUCAGAAGAUGACUUGAAAACAGUAUUUGCUCAAUUUGGAGCUGUCUUGGAAGUAAACAUUCCAAGGAAGCCAGAUGAGGAGAAGUGCUUUGAACCUAAGGCUCAGGGGUCAGUUAAAAAGAAUGGCAGCGUGGAACAGAACGAAGAUGAUGAUGUCGGGGUUGAUAGCGAUGAUGAUGAUGGUGAUGAGGAUGAACAGGACGAGGAGGAGAAGCAUAAAGAAUCAAAGGUGACCAAGCAUAUGCCAGUUCAGAAGAGAGCAGUGAAGAAAGCAGCCCCUGUAGAAAGCAGCGAUGAAGAUGAUUCACAGGAGGAUAGUGACGUGGAGGAAAGAGGUAGCAUUGAUGGUGACGAAGAACUAGUACCAAGUGACAGCAGUGCUGAAGAACAAGAGAAUGAAGAUGUGCAAAUCUCGAAAACAAAGAAGAGGAAAUUACCCUCUGAUGUGAAUGAAGGGAAAACUGUUUUUAUCAGAAACCUGUCCUUUGAUUCAGAGGAAGAAGAACUUGGGGAGCUCCUCCUGCAGUUUGGAGAUCUUAAAUAUGUCCGCAUUGUCUUGCAUCCAGACACAGAACAUUCUAAAGGUUGUGCAUUUGCCCAGUUCAUGACUCAAGAAGCUGCUCAGAAAUGCCUUACAGCUGCUUCUCCAGAGACUGAGGGUGGUGGGCUUAAACUGGAUGGCCGGCAGCUUAAGGUUGACUUGGCUGUGACCCGUGAUGAAGCUGCGAAACUUCAGACAAAGAAAGUGAAGAAGCCUACUGGAACCCGGAACCUUUAUCUGGCCCGAGAAGGCUUGAUUCGUGCUGGGACGAAAGCUGCUGAAGGUGUGAGUGCUGCGGAUAUGGCCAAACGAGAACGGUUUGAGCUACUGAAGCAUCAGAAACUUAAAGACCAGAAUAUCUUCGUCUCCCAGACAAGGCUUUGCCUGCACAAUCUUCCAAAGGCUGUGGAUGACAAACAGCUCAGAAAGCUGCUGCUCAAUGCCACUAGAGGGGAGAAGGGGGUGCGCAUCAAGGAGUGCAGGGUGAUGCGAGACCUUAAAGGAGUUCAUGGGAACAUAAAGGGACAGUCCCUGGGCUAUGCCUUUGCUGAGUUCCAGGAGCACGAGCAUGCCCUGAGAGCCCUCCGCCACAUCAACAACAAUCCAGAAAUCUUUGGGCCUCUUAAGAGACCAAUAGUGGAAUUCUCUUUGGAAGAUCGAAGGAAACUUAAAAUGAAGGAAAUGAGGAUCCAGCGCAGCCUGCAAAAAAUGAAAUCGAAGCCUGCAGCCAGUGAGUCUCAAAAGCAGAAGAAAGAACCUGUAAAAGAGAAGCAACAGAAGGCAGCUCAAAACCACAUGCAAGAUCAAAGCAAGGCCCCCCCAGGACAGAAGAAGAAGGUGGGCUCCACCUCAUGGGCAGGGUUCCAGACCAAGGCCGAAGUAGAGCAGGUGGAACUGCCCGAUGGAAAGAAGAGAAGAAAGGUCCUGGCGCUCCCCUCUCACCGAGGCCCCAAAAUUAGGUUGCGAGACAAAGGCAAAGUGAAGUCCCUCCCUGCCAAGAAGCCAAAAGCCCAGAUAAAGCAGUGGAAGCAAGAGAAACAGCAGCUGUCGUCCACGAAGAAUCCUAGGAAAAAGGCUAAGGGAAACAGGACAGAAGCUCACUUCAACCAGCUGGUCGAACAAUAUAAGCAGAAACUGUUGGGACCUUCUAAAGGUGCACCUCUUGCAAAGAGGAGCAAAUGGUUUGAUAGUUGAUGCGGCUGGUAGCCUGGGUAAGAAGAUGGGUGUUACUUUCUGGUGAAGCUUAGAAUCCAGUCCACCUCCCAUGUCUUCCACAAGGGAAAGAAGAUUCCUGGUGGCCCCUCUGCUGGGAGGCUCCUUGGGCUUUGCACUUCUGAACUGUGGUCCUCAUGUAGUUUGUGGUUAGUCACAAAUACCCCCCAAAGUCAUGAAGCUUCUUGGAUAUUAUCUACAUUAUUGUGUGAAGUUGUAUCUAUGAUUAUUACCUGUUUUUUUAAAUCUCUGAUUCUCAGAUGGAAAUAACUGUAAAAAGCAUUCUGGAGUAUUGAAUUUUUAAGAUGUAUAUUUUGUUAGGCAUCCUCUAAAUGAGAUACUGUAUGGCUUUUUGAAUAACAGACUGGGUCUUAUUUCUAAUAUAUGUAAAUUUGUUAUUAUUUA